AGCGGCAAGGCGGGCAGGGCCCGGCGCAGCGGCUCGACAUGGGGGGCUUUUUCUCCACCAUCUUUUCCAGUUUGUUUGGAACUCGAGAGAUGAGGAUUCUCAUCCUGGGGCUGGAUGGAGCCGGAAAAACAACCAUCCUGUACAGGUUACAAGUUGGAGAAGUUGUUACCACCAUUCCAACAAUUGGCUUCAAUGUUGAAACAGUGACAUACAAGAAUCUGAAAUUUCAAGUUUGGGAUCUGGGAGGACAGACAAGCAUAAGACCAUACUGGCGGUGUUACUAUUCCAAUACAGAUGCAGUCAUUUAUGUAGUGGACAGCUGUGAUCGAGACAGAAUUGGCACUUCAAAAUCAGAGCUUGUUGCUAUGCUGGAGGAAGAAGAAUUGAAGAAAGCCAUUUUGGUGGUUUUUGCAAAUAAGCAGGACAUGGAACAGGCCAUGACUCCCACAGAAAUGGCAAAUGCACUGGGCUUACCAGCACUGAAGGACAGAAAAUGGCAGAUAUUCAAAACCUCUGCUACUAAAGGCACUGGGCUUGAUGAAGCAAUGGAGUGGUUGGUGGAAGCCUUGAAGAGUAGACAGUGAUACAAAGCUGACAAUUGCCAAGAAAUUUCAACUACGUCCAGCAUCUCUCUUUCUGCAGUAAAGUAUGGUCAGGCCACAAGUACUUGUAAAUAGGGCAGGUUUGCAUUUGGGUCAUGUAAUGUGGAUGCCUCUCUUCAGAUAGAAAACUGAACCAAGUGGAUGUCUGUGUACAUUAUGAUCUUCAUUUUCUUUCUUUGUGUUUAAAGAUGUGCUUAAUAAUUUGUAUGAACGUUUUUUUGGCGGGCAAAGGGAUUUAUAUAUUCUUUUUCCAUUCACUGGGUAGUUUGAAGUUGGUGUGGUUACUCUAUUUGUGUAAUUAAAACACUAAUAAAAUCCACAAUGAUCAGCUGUA